CCUAAUCAGACGCAUGUUGUGUUGUGUACAAAAAGAAACGUCAAACUAAAGUUGAGCGAACCAAAACGAAACGGCCAAGAAAUAAGCAAACCCACUGGAAACCACCAAGGACGAAGCACAGGACGCACGAAUAAUCACCAGAUAAAAAGCGAGAGAGCGGUGAAUCCGUAGCGAACCGCUUUCCCAAAAAGCGGCGGCCCCAAAAAAAAUCGCCCACAAGAGAAUCCACCAAUAACCCACACUCACACAAACGCGCGAGCACACACAACCAAACACACACACGCGCAGCCAAGGAGCAAAAGAAGAAUUGCGCCAGAAGAAGCAGCAGCAUCUAGAAUCUAGUAGUGCAAUCACCCGGAUCCACAGGUUCUCGUUCCAACGGUUGGAGCAGCACCAAGGAAACAGACCAGGAAUCAGCAGAUCGUUAGCAGGCAGCAGCAACCAGUCGGCCACUCAGAAUCAUUGCCAGGAUGAGCAUGGAGAAAGUAGCCAGCAAGCAGUACGAGUCGAAAAUCUGGCCAGAUCUCGUCGACAGUGACGACAGCGAUGUGGAGAACGAGAUAGAUGUGGACAAGCUGCCGCCUCUGGAGGUCGGUCCCGGCGAGAACCGGCUGCAGCACACAUACUGCCUCUGGUUCUCCCGCAAGGGGACGCAGCGGGCGGCCGCCGACUACAGCAAGUCGCUGCACGUGGUCGGCCGGUGCGCCAGCGUGCAGCAGUGGUGGUCGCUCUACUCGCACCUCAUCCGACCCACCGCCCUGAAGCCCUACCGGGAGCUCAGCCUGUUCAAGCAGGGCAUCAAGCCGAUGUGGGAGGACCCGGCGAACAGCAAGGGCGGCCAGUGGGUGAUACGGCUGCGCAAGAACAAGAUCGAGCGUGCCUGGGAGAACGUCUGCAUGGCGAUGCUCGGCGAGCAGUUCCUCGUCGGCGACGAGAUAUGCGGCAUUGUGCUACAGACGAAAUAUCCGGAGGAUAGCUUAUCAGUAUGGAACCGGACUGCCACUGAUAUGACCAGUACAACACGUAUCCGUGAUACGUUACGCAGGAUAUUAAAUAUACCUCUAACAACGGCAAUGGAGUAUAAGAUACACUGUGAUAGCCUUAAAUAUGUUUCAAUUAAUAAAGGCCCAUUGAAAAGCUGAAAUUCAGUGAAUAACUAUAAACAAAAGAAAAACAAAAACAAUAAUUACACAAACAGAUAAUAUAUAAGUCGCUAGUGGAAGCAGCAAAAGUCACAAGUUCAUCGACAGCACAGACAAGAGAAACCGAAACCAACAGCAGUUAGCACAAGGAACCAUCGUGGACACACUGGAACACAUCAUCCCCAUCGGAGCCGAACCCACAUCCUAGAAAGCCGUAUCAACAACGAUGGCGGGAGUGGCUCCCAACUCGGCCAUUUCCGCCUCAGAAAUCGAACAUUAAAUCCAUAGCAAGGCAAAUUAAUAUUUAAGCGCUAAUGAGACAAAUCUUUGUAUUUUAAACGAGUUUACAAAGUGUGUGUAUAUAUGAAACGCCAUGAAUAUGUUAGUUUGUAUGUAUAAAGUUUACAUUAGGCAUUCCCUAUUAAAGAAAAUUAAAGUCCCUUAACAACUGCCUGAUACUGAAGCUACUAAUCUGGCUGAAUCAAUCUUAGUUUAUUUUGUAUUAAUUUAUCGAACCUUAUCUCUUAAUCAACCCAAAGCGAUUGGACCACCUCUUGUAUUGUAGCCUUACUGAUUAUCGCCAUAGCCGGCAGGCAGCCAACACACAAGAUAACGAAUCAAUGAAACUGACACACUAACUAGCCGAUACUGUAUUUAUCUGUUUGCAAUGAUUAUUUUAAAUUAAUGAUACAAACCGAAACUGAAUAAUCAAAUUGUUUGUUUUUGUUCUUGAAGAAAUACAAAAAGUUUUUUACGUGAAGAAAAAAAAGAGAAAAACUAAAAAUUGAAACAAAAAGCAAAACCCAGUUGUUUUACAUAUACCCAAAAGAGAUCAGAGAAUCACCGGCACCUUCACUCGAACCAUAGCCUCACACAUCCCAAAAUUUAUCUAUCCCGUUAACUUCCUCCGGUACAGUACAACCAACGCAA